ACUGAAUACACUGUAACAUCGGGUGGACUCAAUUGCUCACGACAAAGCCAUUCACAUAUUUAGUUUGUCUGCAACACGCCAGUAACCCAUAAAAGAAGAAGAAUCCAUCCAAGAACAAAAAAUAAAUAAAAAUCCCAAACAACCUGUUCCUGUAGCGGAAUAUUGCGGAAACGGCUUAAAGAUUCGACUCGACAUUUUGCCUGGUGUGGGUUAGUCUGGAACAAUGCAUUCGGGCAGCUUGGAGAGAGCGGCUUCGCUAAGGAAACGGACACUUUCUCGGGGAAUGAGCGAAGACGAGUCUCUGCGACUUAUUGCCAGAGAGAUAAAGCUGCGAGUGAGCUAUGAGGACUGUUUUCAGGAAGUGAGAGCUCUGGAGCUCCAACAGGAAGCUCUGACGUUCCAGGUGGACUGUCUUCAAGACGCUCUCGAGGGCUCAGAGGAGAUGCUGGCUGAAGCCCAGAGAGAGACUCGGAAUGUUACCCUGGAACUGGAGCGAGAGCGAGAGGCGAGGAGGAAGUUGGAGAGCAUGGUUACAUCAUUAAUGCAGGAGAGAGAGAGGUUACAAGAGGAAAGGAAUUCAGUUCCCAUCAUUUCACUGAAUACCCUCAUGGGAGACCCAACACAUGGAGUGCGAAAUUGUUUACAAAACGCAGACAAAUCUACUGUCAUCUCAGGCACUUCAGUAGAUGAGGAUUUAUCCAAGGAGGGGAUGACCACUGUGCACUUGAUUUCAAAAUGUCCAGCCUCUACAGAAGAACCAGUUUUGAGUUUUUCUAAAGCAGCUUUAGGCUCUCUCUUUAAGAGUGGAAAAACUGGUCAAACAAGACAUGCUGGGCCCAUCUGGCUUCAAGGUGCUCCAGAAGGAACAUCAGUGGACCAAGAAGCAGAGUCACUCUCAGAUACCCAAGCAUUUAGUCAGUCAGUGCAUUUUAAUCAAAAGCGUGAAGCUCAGGAUGGAGAUGACAAUGAUGAAAGUAGUGGCUAUGAAGAUGCUCCAUCAGAGUUCUCUCCUAGUCCUAUGACUCCAGAUGUGCUGCCAGAUGGAGGUCUACUGGAAGCUGAAAUUUAUGGAGUUGAUGAGAAGAAUACCAGUGAGUCUAGGAUCCCUAAAAGUGCAGAAUCAUGUGCUCUCUCUUAAGAGCUUUUAUGACUUGCAGGGCUCCCACAGUCAUGAUAAUAUCAGGGAAUUUUAAAACUGAAAUUAAUAAAAUCCUAAAAGUCAUGGAAAUUUCUAUAGUCAAUAUACAGGUGCAUCUCAAUAAAUUAGAAUGUCGUGGAAAAGUUCAUUUAUUUCAGUAAUUCAACUCAAAUUGUGAAACUCGUGUAUUAAAUAAAUUCAAUGCACACAGACUGAAGUAGUUUAAGUCUUUGGUUCUUUUAAUUGUGAUGAUUUUGGCUCACAUUUAACAAAAACCCACCAAUUCACUAUCUCAGAAAAUUAGAAUAUGGUGACAUGCCAAUCAGCUAAUCUACUCAAAACACCUGUAAAGGUUUCCUGAGCCUUCAAAAUGGUCUCUCAGUUUGGCUCACUAGGCUACACAAUCAUGGGGAAGACUGCUGAUCUGACAGUUGUCCAGAAGACAAUCAUUGACACCCUUCACAAGGAGGGUAAGCCACAAACAUUCAUUGCCAAAGAAGCUGGCUGUUCACAGAGUGCUGUAUCCAAGCAUGUUAACAGAAAGUUGAGUGGAAGGAAAAAGUGUGGAAGAAAAAGAUGCACAACCAACCGAGAGAACCGCAGCCUUAUGAGGAUUGUCAAGCAAAAUCGAUUGAAGAAUUUGGGUGAACUUCACAAGGAAUGGACUGAGGCUGGGGUCAAGGCAUCAAGAGCCACCACACACAGACGUGUCAAGGAAUAUGGAUACAGUUGUUGUAUUCCUCUUGUUAAGCCACUCCUGAACCACAGACAACGUCAGAGGCGUCUUACCUGGGCUAAGGAGAAGAAGAACUGGACUGUUGCCCAGUGUUCCAAAGUCCUCUUUUCAGAUGAGAGCAAGUUUUGUAUUUCAUUUGGAAACCAAGGUCCUAGAGUCUGGAGGAAGGGUGGAGAAGCUCAUAGCCCAAGUUGCUUGAAGUCCAGUGUUAAGUUUCCACAUUCUGUGAUGAUUUGGGGUGCAAUGUCAUCUGCUGGUGUUGGUCCAUUGUGUUUUUUUGAAAACCAAAGUCACUGCACCCGUUUACCAAGAAAUUUUGGAGCACUUCAUGCUUCCUUCUGCUGACCAGCUUUUUAAAGAUGCUGAUUUCAUUUUCCAGCAGGAUUUGGCACCUGCCCACACUGCCAAAAGCACCAAAAGUUGGUUAAAUGACCAUGGUGUUGGUGUGCUUGACUGGCCAGCAAACUCACCAGACCUGAACCCCAUAGAGAAUCUAUGUCAAGAGGAAAAUGAGAAACAAGAGACCAAAAAAUCCAGAUGAGCUGAAGGCCACUGUCAAAGAAACCUGGGCUUCCAUACCACCUCAGCAGUGCCACAAACUGAUCACCUCCAUGCCACGCCGAAUUGAGGCAGUAAUUAAAGCAAAAGGAGCCCCUACCAAGUAUUGAGUACAUAUACAGUAAAUGAACAUACUUUCCAGAAGGCCAACAAUUCACUAAAAUUUUUUUUUUUAUUGGUCUUAUGAUGUAUUCUAAUUUUUUGAGAUAGUGAAUUGGUGGUUUUUUGUUAAAUGUGAGCCAAAAUCGUCACAAUUAAAAGAACCAAAGACUUAAACUACUUCAGUCUGUGUGCAUUGAAUUUAUUUAAUACACGAGUUUCACAAUUUGAGUUGAAUUAUUGAAAUAAAUGAACUUUUCCACGACAUUCUAAUUUAUUGAGAUGCACCUGUACAUUUUUUAGUUUUGCUCUGCUCAAAAAUAUUGAAUCGGCCAGAUUUUGCUCUUGGGUAGAGUAAAACUUGUUCGGAAGCCAUAGUGAUGUUUUACUUAUGAGUGAAUCCGUUCUUUAAGUUUGAUCUUUCAGUUAAUCUGUCAAACUAUUUUUGAAAUUGGUUUGAAUGAAUGAUGAGUGAAUCUGCCUGAAUUUGAAUUAUUUUUAUUCUUUAAAUCCUUAUCUGCUAAUCACAAACAUCAUUAAAGGUCAUGGAAAUGUCUUGGAAAUGUAUUGGUCAAAAAUUGUGGGAACCCUGCACUUAGUCAUUGAUAAAAAGUUGCUGCCAAUAGCAACUAGUUCUCAUAAACCUAGUUUUAUGAAUUUGUCUAGUUAUGCUACUUUAGCCCAGACUCAAGUCAACUUCACUGAAAAUGCUUUUGUACAAUAACUUUUAUCUGAAGACUACUUCAUCAGUUACUCAUCAUUCAACACAAUUACUUUUGUAAAAGAAGUGAUCUGCACUUUUUUUUCAAGUUAUUUUUAGCUAUUUUGUGUUGGACUUCACUUUGAAAUCAAACAUGAGCUGUCAAACCAUUCCAAGAUGCCUGUCUACACAGCAAAAUCUUCCGUAAAACCCAAGACAGACUAUGCGACUUCAACAGUCUUAUGUCAGACUGUACGAGAUACAGAACUGUGCAAUAGUUUUAGGCUGUUCUGAAAAGUGUCAUAGUGAGGAUGUUUUCAAAAAAUAAUGCCAUGAUGAGUAAUUUUUAUCAGUUAACUUAAUACAAAGUGCAGUAAACAUAAAAUUAACAAAUCAAUAUUUGGUGUGACCACCCUGUGCCUUUAAAACUGCGUCAGUUCUCCUAGGUUUUUCAGGGUUGUUGGAAUAUAGGUUGUUCCAAGCAUUUUAUAGAACUUGCCACAGUUCUGUGUAUUUAAGCUGUCUCAAUUGCAUCUGUCUCUUCAUGAAAUCCCAGACUGGCUUGAUGUUGAGUUUCGGGCUAUCUGUUGCAGGACUCCUUGUUGUACUUCUAUUCUAUUUACAAAAGAAAUGUUUGAAAAUCUAAAAUUGACAUUUCAUAUUUACACACUAAAGCAGAAUAUAAAAAAUAUUAAGACAAAUCUUUUUGUGAAACAUCUAAUGUGUAUAAGACUUUUGCACAGUACUGUACAUUUUAGGGCUUUGGUCACAACAGUGAUCUGCACUGAAAUUUGUCACAUUUUGACACCCUAAUUGACGUGCAUGUAUGUUUUGUGGACUGCAAUGUAAUUUUGAUUGUACACGAUUGUACUGUGAGGGGAGUGCUAAAUAAUACUUUUAGGGAACACUUUACAAUACAGUUGAAUUUGUUCAUUUGUUAGUUCAUGAUACCAUAUUCAUAUCCCCUCCCCAGCAUUUAUUAAUCUUGGUUAAUGUUAAUUCAUCAAAAAGGGUGGCACGGUGGUUAGCACUGUCACCUCACAACAAGAAGGUCCCAGGUUUGAGUCCCGGCUCAACUGGGCCUUACUGUGUGGAGUUUGCAUGUUCUCCCUGUUUUUGCAUGGGUCUCCUCCAGGUGCUUCAGUUUCACCCACAAGUCCAAAAACAUGCAGGUUAAGUGAGUUGGAGACUCAAAAAAAAAAAUGGCCCCAUAGGUGUGAGUGAGAAACAGGAAGAAAUAAAAACCUGGGCCAAUUCAAAUAUGUGGAUCAUGGAUACCCCUAAUGGGAGCAGCUGAAAGAAGAUGAAUGUUAAUUCAUCAAAAUACUAAAGUUCAUUGCUUACUCAUGUUAGUUAAUAUUGCAUUAAUUGGUAAUGUAUAUAACUUUAAAUUUAAAAAAAUACAAAUAUUAGUAUAUGUAGAAAUAAACAUUAACCAAGAUUAUUACACUGCUCUCUGGUAAACUCUAUUCUGAUUGGUCAGUCGUGCCGCCAUCUAGCUAACCGAUAUUUCUGAAUAGUGCGCAACAGUAACAUUUUCAAAUGAUUGUCUAUUCCUCACUUGAAUGCAUCAUCAGUUGCUGUGCUAUUAUUCUUUUUUUCAGCCAUUUGACAGUAGCCGUAGGAGCUGUCACUGCUGGACUGCCACCCAAUAGUCAGAGGCUAAGAUUCAUUGUUAAGCCAAUAAAUUGGAUGUCAGUGAGCAUGUCACACUAAAGCCGGUGUCAAACUAGCUGAUUUAUCGAGUGAUUUUAGGUGUUCGUUUCAUUAACAUAAUCGCUGGCCAGGCGGAGGAACACGAUGCCUGAAUUAGCGUCUGCCACCCUCUGGAUUUAAAGGAAUGUUCUGGGUUCAAUACAAGUCAAGCUCAAUGGACACCAUUUGUGGCAUAAUGUUGAUUACCACAAAAAUUAGUUUAGACUCAUCCCUCCUUUUUUUUAAUUAAGCACAAAUCUGGGUUUCACUUAGAAUUAAAGUAAAUGGGUCAAUGGAGGGUUUAAACACAAAUGUGAAGCUUAUAAUUUUAUAAAAGCACUUGCAUUAAUUCUUCUGUUAAAACUUGUGUUUUAUUUGAGCUGUAAAGUUGUUUAAAUUGACAUUUUUACAGUCGUUUUAGGGUUUGUUGGCAUUACAUCGUCAUGGUAAGGAAGUUUUAAAAUUGGCUAUAACUUUAUACAGAAAAGAUGAGUAAGUGAUUUUAUCACACUGAAAUAAUUUUUACAUGCAUAUUCUUUAUCUUGUGGCUAUACUUGUGAAACAGUGAUUAUUUUAAUGUGUAAAAAUUGUCCCCCAUUUCCAUUAUAAGUUCCUCACUGUAACCAAGAUUUUUGCUUUUUCUAAAUAAUUCUUUUUGGUCAAAAUAAAUUUUUGUGGUAAUCAAUAUUAUGCCACAAAUGCUGUCGAUUGAGCUCAACUUGUAUUGAACCCAGAACAUUCCUUUAAUGAUUUCAGUAACGGAAAAAAGGAUCCAACAUGUUAGAAAAAAUCACUCUGUCACUGAGGUGGGCCCUUGUGUUUUCCUCAAGUGACCAACAAGCUUCUUUCUUUUACUGAAGAAUUGACAAGACGUCAAGCUGAUCUUAAUGUCUUCAUUGCACUCUGCAGCAUAUCAUCACAAACACUGAUUGUAAUCCAUAUGAUUCUGUCACCAAGCAUUUUUUUUCUGCAUUUUUCCCUACAAAAAUGACUAAUGAAAUCAGAAAGCAGAGGCACAACAGUCUUUAAUUUUUUUUAUGGAACAUAAUUCCUUCGCUUACUGAAAGCUGUAUAUGGACAUACACUGAUGAGCCAAAACAUUAUGACCACCUGCCUAAUAUGCUGUUGGUCCUCUGAGUGGCACCAAAACAGCACUGACCCACCAAGGCAUGGACUCUACAAGAUCCCUGAAGGUGUCCUGUGGUAUCUGGCACCAAGACAUUAGCAGCAGGUCCUUCAAGUCCUGUAAGAUGCGUGGUGGAGCUGCCGUGGAUCAGACUUGUUGGUCUAGCACAUCGCAUAGAUGCUCAAUUGGAUUGAGAUCUGGGGAAUUUGGAGACCAGGGCAACACCUUGAACUCUUUAUCAUGUUCCUCAAACCAUUCCCAAACAAUGUGUGCAGUGUGACAAGGCACAUUAUCCUGCUGAAAGAGGCCACUGCCAUCAGGGAAUACCAUUGCCAUGAAGGGGUGUACCUGGUCUGCAAUGAUGUUUAGGUAGGUGGCACUUGUCAAAUUGAUGUCCACAUGAAUGGCUGGACCCAGGAUUUCCUAGCAGAACAUUGCCCAGAGCAAUGGGCAAUGCUCUGGGCAAUGUUCCCUCACACUCCCUCCACCGGUUUUUCGUCUUCCCAUAGUGCAUCCUGGUGCCAUUCCUUCCACGGCCAUCUACGUGAUGUAAAAGAAAACGUGACUCAUCGGAUCAGCCGACCUUCUUCCACUGCUCCAAGGUCCAGUUCCGACAUUUGCGUGCCUAAUGUGGGCACUUUCGACAGUGGACAGGGGUCAUCAUGGGCACUCUGACUGGUCUUCGGUCACGCAGCCCCAUACGCAGCAGGUGUUGUGACACAUUCCUCCCGUAACCAUCGUUCAAAUUUUCUGUGACGUGCCACAGUAGACCUUCUGUCGGUUUGGACAAGACGGGAUUGCCUUCGUUGCUCUCGUGCAUCGAUGAGCCUUGGGCGCCCAACACCCUGUUGCUGGUUUGUGGUUUGUUUCUCCAUGAAUCGCUUCCUAAAUCACACUCUUAGCUGUUUAUGCUCACACGGUACUCCUAUUGAUAUUUCGGCGAGCUCCACGUUACAGGGAAUCGGAGAGAAUUGCAGUGAGUUAGUAUGUGUCACCUCUCCACCAUAUUGUAUCGGCAAGUGUGUCAUACCUCCGACUGAAGAGAGCGAGAUCUCAGCAAAACAGCCUGCAUGUGGGACACCCUUGGCCAAAACAAACAGUUUUGAGUCUGCUUGUGUGGCACCAGCUUAAGUCAUCACUAGAACUGUUUACAAUUCCCCAAAUUUGUCUCAGAUGGCAAGGUUAUGACCAAAAUUGUACCGUGUGCACUGGGCUUUAGGUAGUCCAUGAUCCAAACGAUUGGGGUCAUCCACUUGCAUUGUUUGUCCUGAUAAGGAACAAUGUUACACUGAAGAAGUCAAAAGAUUGAGCUGAUGUUCUUUGACUUGAUCUUGACGAGUGGGACCACCUACAGCAACACUUGCACUCACUUGAGUACUUCCCCAAUCCCCAUUGUCAGACCUGAAAACCCUCUUCCUCAUGAUGAGCAGCAUGUUGAUUCUAUAAAUGAGAAUCUAUAAAUGAAAUUACCAUGACAUCACACUGCAGGCAAUUGUGCUUCCAGGUUCUUUUGAGAAGCAGCUUUAAUGGUGGAUAUGAGCAGCACUGCAGUUUUAAUGAUCUGUUAAGCAUUAUGUAAUGUGUGUUAAUGUUAAUAAAAGUUAUUAUAUAAUAAUAAAGAUAUUGUAAACCAUAUCUUUGGUUUACAGUCAAGAAAUGAUGGUUCUUUCUGAACUUUCAGAAAAACAAGUUCUAACCUGGUUCAAUAGGCCAGUAUGAUUGUCAGACAUUUUUGAUGUAGACAGGUUGAUAAAUACGCAUCCUCACGUUUAAUACACUUCUAAAGCCUCGUAAAUGUGGCAUAUUCAAAUGAUAACUACUAUCAGACAUGCAGUGUGUGUCUUUACUGCUUAAACAAUUGGUCCAUACAGUAAAUAAUAAUAUUUGACUUUAUUCAUUUAUCAUCAUAUUCCAUAUUCAGACUUUAAAACAGCCGGUUUUGAUUGAACAAAUUAUCUGCUGCAUUCAAAACAAAUGCAAAGACAAUUUUAACAGUAUUACAUUAUUUUUAUUUGCAUAUUCUUUCACAAACAGUAGCCUUUGUGCUGCACUGGUGGAGAUGGGGUCCCAGGUUCAUCUUGUUCAUAUAAAAAUUUUUUGUUGAUGUGGUAAAGUAAAUAUAGCAGAAAAUAUUAAGUACUUUCUACAUUGAAUAAGUUAAAGGGUGAACUUGAAAAUAUUAAGUAAAUUCUACAUUCAAACAUGUAAACAUUAAUGCACAAACUUAUAAAUAAAUGUUAUUUAUGACUGUUUAUCUUUACAAUGUGUCAUCAUGUAUCAGUACUAAAGCACUACAAACCUUGUUAUAUUUAUUUUCUAAUUAGAGUAAGUUUCACUGGAAAAUAAAAUGAGUAAAUUUUACUUCACUGUUCAAAGCUGGUGUUCCCAGCUUUCACUGGGCUUGAAUAAUUAAUAAGCUUGCAUGAUUUCAAUGUUUGCAAGUUUAUUUACACCAUUUUUAUUGUUAAUUUUCUUAAGUUUGGUAAUUUCUUGUUUUGUGCAGUCUGAAGUUCAUUUUCUACUCUACCCUUUGAGGAAAAAAAAAAUAUGUUGAUUGUCACCUUUAAGUACCACGUAUAUCAUAUUUGUAGUAAAAGCUACUGUAGUAAAUUUGUGUUUCAUUUGCUCUGUCACAUAUAUCAUGAAUAUAUUAUAUCAUGAAUUGAAGUAGAUUUUACUUAAUUUUAUAACAUUAAGAUUUACAAAAACGUAUGAAAUAAAAAUAAAAUAUUACUAGUAUUUUAUUUUUUUUUCAGUGAGUGAUUCAAAAAUACUAAUAUUGUUUUACUUUUUUUUUUUUUUUUUUUAAAUUGUGAAAUUAUUUAUAAUGACUUGUAAUUUAUAUACAAUAUUCGGGAUGCAUCAAAUGUCCUUGUUUGUUAGGUAGCUAUAGAAAAAUAACAGGGUUGUGUGUAUAUAUAUAUAUAUAUAUAUAUAUAUAUAUAUAUAUAUAUAUAUAUAUAUAUA